AUGGCCCGAAUCAAGUUUACUGGGCCAGUGUCAACGGUCCAACUACAACCGGCUCCUAUCCUCCAGGAUUCUGUGUUGAAGAAUGGAAUUUCUGUCCGGACUGAGGCACAGACGGAAAUUGAAAAUAUCUCCCGAUCGAUAAUCCAAGAAAACACCUUGUUAAAGCAGCAGCAGAGCCUUGAAUUUGUACAGAUUAUGCUGCAUGUAUCGCUGGGAACGUUAUUCUAUCUUCGCGAAUUCCUGCCGCUCCCAUGCUUUGACGAUCGGGAUCUGAAGGAAGCUCAGAGGGAUAAUAAUUUGUCAUAUCGAGAAUUCAUCAAUGGAAAGCAACAGGCUGAAACCUCCGAAGCCCUUGCGCGAGCCCCCUUCGGGACCGGGAGGCGCGGACAGCCAUUGAAGAUCAUCAUUCGCGAUUCCAAUCCCAAAGCAAACACGAUUCUGGAUGUCCUGGAAAAUGGCAUCUUCGAUGCCCUCCGAAAAAAUGUCCUGAGCGCCGUUCAAUUUACCAUUAUACUCGAUAAAGAUGAGCCGGAGAAUGUCCUGGAAUCUUAUACGUUUACCUUCAAAUAUACGGGAGGUCAUGGUGUUGUGAACAGCCGCCUGGAGAGUUUGUCGAUAAAUCCCGUGGGAUGUGUCGCCGAUGUGAAGACCGCUCAGACGGCCAGGGUUGGUCUGGAGAUGAUUGUCAGAAGGUUAAUCACGCUCAGUGCAUUUCUGCCAACCCUUCCAAAUAAGAGGAAUUUAGGUGUCCAUCUUUUUUAUACUGAGGAUUGCCCGCCAGAUUACGAGCCUCCUGGGUUUACUGGAGCGUUGAACGACACGAUAAAGUACCCACUGACCGAGAAUUGGAGAAAGGAAACUCAGUCUUGUGGUUCAAUGGAUAGCGGAUGGCAUAGUGUGGGACUCAAAGUGACGUCUCUCAAGUGGGUUGGACCUGAUCCAGAGGGAUCAGAAGCUGUACCCAAGGUACCAACGGAUCUCGAAUAUCGAGAUGUAGUACAGCGAUCUGAGGAUAUUGGGCUUGCCGAUGGAGGUAGCCUAGAAGGCAGUCAAAUCCAUGAAUCUGUGAAUCCGGCCGGGGAACCUCCUCAGGAAGCAACUCAAGACGUCACUGAAAGGAAUCGCUUGCAAACGAUGAUCCCUACCCAAGGGACACCUUCUUACAUGGACAGCCAGCUCGUACCGACUCAACCAAUAAACCCCAGCGUCGCAGUAGACCAUGAUAGCAGCAAUAUUGUGAACUCGGACCACAAAUUUGAGCUGUCAGAACAAAAGAUCUCGGAAAUUCAAGAGCACCUUAAGUCACGAAAUGGGUCCCCUGGUAAAAAUCAAGAACGGACUAUCCGGUGUCAAUGUGGCUGGGAUAGUGAAGAAUCUGCAAUGCUCGAGUGUGCUUUCUGUCAUAUGCGCCAGCACGUCGCAUGCUAUGGAUUCGAUGGCCCCAAUGAUCCAAGGAUUCCGGAUAUUCAUGCCUGCUACCAGUGUCUACUCGAGCCCAAGGAGAUACAGCUACUCUGCGAAAUGAACAGCCUGGUACUCCUGAGAAGAGCUCUGAAGAUAAUCAUAGAAGAGGGCUACCCAAGUCGAACAUCAUUAUUUACCCAGAAGCUUCACUGCAAUGGACAGACAGUCAUUCAGAUAACCGACAUCUUGAAAAAGCAAAAUAUCUUGCAGCCCACGCCUGGUUACAAACAAAAAGGGUUUCUUCGACGAGGUUUGCCAAAGUUCAACAUACCAUCUUCAGACCAGAUUCAGCUGAAGAUCAAGAACGAAAUUUUCAAUCCCAUGACCAAGAUUGGACAUCAUUAUAACCAAAAGGUGUCCGGAGAUUCGCAAGAAACGCGCCAAUCGAUCAAGAGCACCGAGCUUGCACGCGGUAACGAGUCGAACUUCUAUGACAAGGAGAUGUCUACUGAUGCGGAUAAAAUAAAUGCACAAGUAUCUGCAGAGCUAGCUAAUCCUCUUGCUGAAUCACUGGAAGCAAAGAAUGAUCUCAAGAGAAAGCAGGCGCCUGAGGCCAACGACGAUGCCUACGACUCUGAUGAUCUGGACAGGAGCGAUACCAGAUCAUCUGCACAGAGAAACACCUUCCCUACCCAAUCUAGCGAGGCGCAUGAGCUUGUAACCACCAACGACAUCUCCAUAACGUCUCAGACUCAGGUCCCGCAUAGCCCGCCGGAAAGCGAAGGCACACUCCGACGCAGUGGCAGGAAAAGACGGAAGAUUAGCAACUAUACACGCCUCCUUGACAUUGGUGCUGCCACGAGUGAGGAUGAGCCAAUGCGCUGA